AAUCAAAUAGACCGAACCAGUUCGGUUCAAUCGGAAACCAAAGUCAUAUAAAUAUACCGCUUAGACGAUUUCUGUAGGUCACACACCCUCAAGCUUAAACCCUAGAAAUCGUAGAAAGGUGAAAAAAAGGCGGAAGCUUUACUAGCUUAACAAUGGCUGAAGAACAAGAGAUCGUCGAUUCCCUGUCAGCGGAAGUGAACCCAGACCAGAAAGUGGACAUGGAAGUCGAAACCGCGACCCCGAAAGCCGAGACCGGCGAUGAGAAACGUGAGAGAGAGGAGACAGAGGAAGAAGAGAACGGAGGUGAAUCGAAGAAGCAGAAGGUUGGAGAGGAAGAGAAGUCAGGUCCGGUUAAACUUGGUCCCAAGGAGUUUGUUACCUCUGUGGCGAUGUUCGAUUACUUUGUCAAGUUUUUACACUUUUGGCCAACUGAUCUCGAUGUUAAUAAGUAUGAGCACAUGGUGCUGCUAGAUCUGAUUAAGAAGGGCCAUUCUGAGCCUGAAAAGAAGAUUGGAGGAGGAAUCAAAACCUUCCAAGUAAGAACCCACCCAAUGUGGAAAAGCAGAUGCUUCUUUCUGGUUAGGGAAGACGAUACUGCAGACGAUUUCAGCUUCAGGAAGUGUGUUGAUCAAAUCCUCCCAUUGCCUGAAAACAUGAAGACUCCUGGAGCUAACGGCAAUGGACAUGGUGGAGGUCGCGGUGGCGGUGGUGGAAGAAGAGGCGGUCGUGGUGGUGGUAGAGGAGGGAGAUUCAGAAGAUGAAUAUGCUGACACUUGAUGCCUUAUUUCAAAAGAAAAUUUUGAAAAUUUCAGAUUUAGUUCUUUUGCCAAAAACUUUAAAAGUUAUGAUCUUGUCUAAUGCAACUGCUUUUUGUUGGAGAAAAAUUGUCAGUUUAUAUAACCCAUUAUUGCUGAAGAAGAAGAAUAUUGUCCCUACUAUCUUGACAACAUCAGAAAAAAACACAGACGCGUCAAUAGAACUAAAAAUCUGGUUGAUCUAGUUUUUAAAAACCAAUAAUUCAAAAACGAAAAACUCAAAUCAAAAUCUAGAUGAAAAAAAAACACUUUCCAUUGAUAGUGUAGUGUUGAUCUGGUUGCUAAAUGAUAAUGUUAAAUAAAAAGAAUUGGGGAAGUUAUGAAAAACCGACAUUUUGACUUUGGUAACUUACUGUGUGUGACAUGUUCACCGUUUACGACCCUUCUAAGAGAAAGACAAUGCCCUCAAACUAAAGCUGUCUUAAAUCUUAACCCUGCUAAAAAAUGAU